UUCCUAUACUACGUCUGUUUGCUCGUUCUACACCUUAUAGAGUCCCGGUAGUUUCAUAUUCCCAAGCCUACGUUUCUGCAGCUUCUUCUGCACAUCCCCAGAAUCUCACCAUACAGACCCUGGAUUCCUUUGCUACUUUGGCUUAUAUAUCUGACGCACACGUAUUAUCGUCUGCCAUUUGCCAAGUGGAUAACGUAGAAUCCAACAACCUACUUGUCACCAGUAUCUUGGUGCUAUUUCCAUUCAUCACUACACGAGUCAUAUCCAGCAGUUCUAUCUAGACUAGUCGUUUCAAGUCGUGCACAGUAGAUUCUCGUUUAUACAUCUACCACCUUUUCCCAUCAACUAAUCAUCUUAUCACUUCACUCCUUACAUCAAUCAAAAUGACUACAACAGGCGCAGUCUACAUCAGUAUCAAACAGUUCAACGCCCGUCUUGGAGAUGAGCUCUCGCUCAAGGUCGGCGAUAAAAUCGAAGUUCUCGCUGACGACUCAGAAUACAACGACGGCUGGUACAUGGGGAAAAAUCUCCUAACUAACGAAGUUGGUUUGUACCCAAAAACCUUCACACAAAUACUCCAAAAGCAGAAUCCUGAUAAGUCUCUCUUGCGCUCCAGAUCAAGACGUGUAGGCACCCCUGUCAACGGUUCGUCCAAAGAAGGAGCUAGCACGCCUCCCUUGAACGGUGGCAGUGCUUCUUCCACACCAGCAACUAAAAUCAGCAAUGUGUCUGAUUCUGUAGAGAAAUUGAACUUAAACGGUACGGCCAGUACAAACAAGGAUACCAUUUCUGAGAUCGAUAAGGCACUCAAGGAAUUGCAGCCAACAAGCGACUCAAAUGAGGUAUCUGCAGCUCUGAAAUCAGUACCAAAUGCGGUGUCCAGAACCCAGAAGCGUGUCUCUUCAGCUCCACUUACGGAGGACUUGGAUCCACUCCAGGCCUCUUCCUGGACUCCCCAGCAGGUGUCCUCAUAUUUUGCUUUUGUGCUUGGCUUCGAUAUGGACGUGGCUGGAAAGUUCUCAAGACAUAAGAUCACUGGCCCAAUCUUGUUUGAAUUGGAUUUGGGCCAUUUAAAGGAAUUGGAUAUUGAUUCGUUUGGUACCAGGUUCGAAGUGUACAAGGAAAUUGAGAAAUUGAAAGAGCUUUCUUCGAAAUCGAUAUCAGACAAAAGUAGACAACAUUCUUUAGCAUCUACAAAUGCGGAUCCAAAUGGUAGUACUUUUAGUGAAACUAGCCCAGGCUCAGAAAAUUUCCAGAGUACUGAAACUCUGCCUAAGAAGACCGAUUUCUCUAACAACUCGGACGAGGAUAGAACAUUGACUAACAACAGCACUCGUUCUCAAUCUAAGACCUACCAGCAAUUGAUGCCAUCUGCUCCUUUGUCUUCUACUUUCAGGGAUAGCGGGUUCAACAAGGGUCACCAUAGAAAGAGAUCUAUGUCUAUGGACAACUUGGCACAUGAUAGUAGUUCAUUUACCUCGCCUAGAAAGGCUCCAGAGCCUCCAAGUGGCACUGCUUCAAGUGGAAAUCACAAAUUUGUUGAUGAUGGCGACCUGAAUCUGGGAUUGUACUUAACCCGCACAAAUGCUUCCAACCCAGGUCUUAGCUCGAGACCCUCUUCUUCAGUAUAUGAGCAAUCAGUAAAGAGUCACAAGAAGAACGGUUCUCAAGCUUCCAGCAUUAUACACAGAAGAAACUCGUCUGUGAAUUUGGCUGCGAAUGCACACAAAAGACAUUCUUCCCUUUUCAGCUUCCUUUCAGGACACGAUGACAGCAAGGCAAACUCCAAGACUCCAAAGCUUCAAAGCACCAACUUAUACAAGGAAACAGUCUCCAGUCCUAGUGAUGGUCAGAAAGACGGAUUGACUUCUCCUGCCAAGUUGAAACGUGAUAGCUUGGUAUCAACUCCUCUGAAGCCAAAGGAUGUCAGUUCUGCUGAGAGCCCAAUUGAUAUCGAUGAAGCACAGCUCUCUCCAAGAAAGCUGAAGAGCAUCUCCUACAAGAAGAGUGAAAGCCCAUCUAUAAAAGACGACCAGAGAUCAGUUUCUGAUGCUAGUGCUGUUGGAAAAUUAAAAAACUUGAGGACUUCGUCUACACAGAAUUUCCGUAGUUUCACCACCUCUAGAAAGGCGAAGACCUCGGCUUUCCAGGAAGGUAUCAGAGACGUCACCCCAGAUGAUGCCAUCAAGUCUGCUAACUAUAGUGGUUGGAUGUCUAAGCGUUCUAGCAAUACUUUGGCCUGGAGAUCACGUUACUUCACUCUCCAUGGAACCAGAUUAUCAUACUUCGCAUCUUUACGUGAUAAGAAGGAAAAGGGGUUGAUUGACAUCACUGCCCAUAAGGUGAUUCCAAUCAGCACCGACUCCGAUGAAACCGAGGACAGGACAGACAAGUACACCGCUUUGUAUGCAUCGUCGACUUUUAAUGGAAGCUACUGUUUCAAGCUUGUACCUCCCAGACCAGGUUUCCGUAAGGGAUUGACUUUCACGCAGCCAAAAACUCACUACUUUGCUGUAGAUUCACAAGAAGAAAUGAGAGGCUGGAUCAAAGCAUUGAUGACUGCUACCAUUGAUAUCGAUGAUACUGAACCAGUUGUAAGUAGUUGUUCUACUCCUACGGUCUCUUUAACUAAAGCUAAAGAGCUCUUGGCCAAGGCUAGAGAAGAAACUAAGUUAAAGGACGAGGAAUUGCGAGCACAAGGCUUUUUGCGUGAUGGAGUCGAUGACGACUAUGAUCUCCAUGUUCUGAGUGUCAAUGACUUCGCAACCUCAGUCGAUACAUCUUCUGUAGACGAUACCACUGGAUCAUCUGGAAAUGCACCAAAGUUGUCUAUCGACACCAACGUGAAUUCAAGUCAAAAGCAAGUAGGUAAGACUCCAUCUACUCCACAAAUCUCGUCUUCGUCAGCCCAGAGUGGGUUCGCUUCGCCUUAUUUGUUGGCUUCUGGGUUACUUUCUCCAAAAUCCAAUUCUACCGCUCUGCCUACCAACUCCUCGCCUUCUAACAUCAAGAUUGACCCCAACUAUUUCCAGGAUGUACAUCCUUCUAUUGCUGAUGCCAGUGAGGCUACCCCCAAAACCUAUAGUAACGGCAGAAUUGUGAGUUCCAGAAAGAACUCGCGUGCGGACAAGAUGUUGGCAUACACGAGUGAUCCUUCCGGUAAUCACAGUUUUGUAAUCAAGCAGAAGAAAUGAGUCCCUUGCUAAUCUUUGAAAAGAGCUACUAAUAAUCUAACCCCAAAUCUCUUUCCGCUUGUUGUAUUUUUAGUGAAUCUAGAUAAUGUUAUUAUCCAUUGUACUUAAUAGUGUUUAUUAAAUUAAUAUUAAUAAUGUGUUUAUGUU